AUGUGGCCACAAACUAGCGUCAAGCCUCUAAACGCGACCAUUUCGGAAGAUGAUCUAGCAAAAUCGACCGCGGAAUCCUGUACACCGAUAGCAAUUGUGGGAAUUGGCUUCCGGGGACCAGGGGAUGCCAAAAAUGUCGAGAAACUGUGGGAAAUGAUUCUCACAGGUAAAGAGGCAUGGAGCGCAAUACCAGCUAAGAGGUGGAACAGUGCAGCAUUCCAUCACCCAGAUCAUGCCCGCCAUGGAACGAUUAACGUGAAAGGGGGCCACUUCCUGGAAGAGGAUAUAUCUGUUUUUGACGCGCCGUUUUUUAACAUGACAAGUGACGAGGCUGCGGCCAUGGAUCCUCAGCAGAGAUUGCUGUUGGAGGUAGCAUAUGAAGGUCUUGAGAAUGCUGGCAUUCCUCUGGCCAAAAUCAUGGGCACAAAGACAUCCUGCUUCGUAGGGUCUUUUUCUGCAGACUAUACGGAUCUCCUACUUCGGGAUCCCGAGUGUGUGCCCAUGUAUCAGUGCACAAACUCCGGACAAUCUCGUGCAAUGACGGCAAACAGGUUGUCUUACUUCUUUGAUUUGAAAGGGCCCAGUGUCACGGUAGACACGGCUUGUUCGGGAAGCCUUGUGGCACUUCAUUUGGCAUGCCAAAGUCUCCAGACAGGGGACUCGUCAACAGCGAUUGCGGCGGGAGUUAAUUUGAUCUUGAGUCAUGAAUUUAUGUCAACCAUGAGCAUGAUGAAGUUUCUUUCCUCAGAUGGGAGAUGUCAUACCUUUGAUAAAAAGGCUAAUGGGUACGCGCGAGGCGAGGCAGCUGGCUGUCUCAUUCUUAAACCACUAGCCAAGGCGUUACACGACCACGACAAGAUCCGGGCCGUGAUACGAGGCACAGGUUCCAACCAGGACGGGCGCACUGCAGGAAUAACAUUACCUAAUGGGGCAGCCCAAGAAAGCUUGAUACGAAGCGUCUAUGCACGGGCUGAUCUGGAUCCAUCGGAAACCGAUUUUGUGGAGGCUCAUGGGACAGGAACACUGGCUGGAGACCCAGUGGAGACAGGGGCAAUUGCUCGUGUCUUUGGAACUGGUCGUCCGCCUGACAAUCCUGUGCGAAUUGGCUCCAUUAAAACCAACGUCGGCCACUUGGAAGGCGCGAGCGGUGUGGCGGGUGUGAUCAAGGCAGUGCUGAUGUUGGAAAACCGCAUGUUCUUGCCAAACAGGAAUUUUGAAAGAGUUAACCCGCGUAUCCCAGUCGAUGAUUGGAAACUAAAGGUUCAAUUGCGCCCUGAACCAUGGGAGACCACAGGACCUCGUCGCGUUUCUGUCAACAGCUUCGGAUACGGUGGAAGCAAUGCCCACGUUAUUGUCGAAGAUGCCCAAGGCUGCCUAUCUGGUUGGGAACUCCACGAAGAUGACAGAAUCCUGUCCCCCACGACCGAAAAUCAUGAGAAUACAGUUCCUAGUUCACCGCUUGGUUUAUCUCGCAUAUUCAUGGUCUCCGGUUUCGAUGAAAGAACCUGCGCGCAACAGCUGCAGACUCUGAGCAAUCAUAUUCUCAAAACGAGACUAAACCUUGAUCCUGAGAAGUUUAUAGACGAUCUUGCGUUCACAAUCAACGAGCGGCGCUCUGUCUUUCCGUGGAAGGCAGCCGUUGUCGGAGAUACGGUGCCGAGUUUGGCAGCCACGCUCUCUCAGAACGUCAAAUAUAGGAGCGCCAUUCAGAAGCCAAAGCUUGGGUUUGUAUUUACUGGCCAAGGUGCGCAGUGGGUUGGGAUGGGAAAGGAGCUGCUCCAAGCCUAUCCUGUCUUCAAAACGUCAAUUGUGGGCAUCGACAGAUUUCUGAAUGACAUCGGAGCUUCGUUUACAGUGCAAGAAGAGAUCACAAAGUGCCCCCAGGACUCCGAUUUGAACCAUCCAAGUCUCAGCCAGACAGUGUGCACAGCCUUGCAGAUCGCGCUGGUCGACUUGCUGGAAUCGUGGAAUAUACAGCCAGACUCCGUAACAGGACAUUCUAGUGGGGAAAUUGCCGCUGCAUAUGCUACUGGUGCACUCAGCAUGUAUGAUGCAAUGUCAGUGGCAUACUACAGAGGGGUUGUCGCAAGCCAGCUUCUGCAUGACCAACCGAAUAGAGGUGCCAUGAUGGCAGUUGGGAUGUCUGCCGAAGAGGUACAGCCCUACCUGGACGGAUUUCAGCCCAGACAGCUGGUGGUAGCAUGUGUCAACAGUCCAUCGAGUGUGACAAUAUCAGGUGAUAUAGUUGAGAUUGAUGCACUCGCCCAAACCUUGAAAGAACAACAGGUCUUUAGUCGACGCCUUGAAGUGGGCGUCGCUUAUCACUCCCCUCAUAUAGAACAGGUUGCCGAGAAAUAUCACAGCUUGAUAGACCAUAUCCAGCCCCGAGGACUGGAUCAGACAGCGACAGACAAGAGAGAAAAACGGGCAUCGUUCUUUUCCUCGGUCAUUGGAACGAUGGUUGCAUUGAAAGAAUUAGAUGCUCAGUACUGGGUGUCAAAUUUGGUCGGACAAGUGAAAUUUGCCAAGUCGCUGAGGACUUUGUGUUUCGAGACAAAUGGUCAGCGUGCUGGGCAUACUGGGGCUUCCAGAAUACGAAGGGCCGGUGCAGCCCAAAAGCCUUCUGUGGAUUGUCUUAUCGAGAUUGGUCCUCAUGCGGCACUUUCUGGGCCCAUCAAGCAAGUUCUCAAGGCCGAUGCGAAACUCAAUGCUGCCGAAAUAGCCUACAUUAGCAUUUUGACGCGGAAGACCAACGCAGUCACCACAGCACUCGGUGCAGUCGCCACACUAGCAUCACUCAACUACCCCAUUGACUUUGGUGCAAUCAAUAGACCUAUGGGGGCCAAGAAAAGUAGCACACCGCAGCUACUGGUUGAUCUUCCAACAUAUGCCUGGAAUCACACCAGGUCAUAUUGGGCAGAGCCACGACUAAGCAAGAUGUAUCGGAACCGAAGCUCGCCGCGGAUGGAUUUACUUGGUGCACCAGACAACAUGGCAUGUCCAUUCGAGCCUCGCUGGAGAAAUUAUCUUCGAACCUCGGAGCUCCCUUGGCUUCUUGAUCACAUCAUUCAGGGGAAUAUUGUUUUCCCUGCCGCAGGGUAUCUGGUCAUGGCAAUCGAAGCAUCGAUACAGUUGAACAAAGAUGAAGAAAAGAUUGCUAGAUACGUCCUGCGAGAUGUCGCAAUACAAUCAGCUCUGGUACUCAACGAAACUUCUGCCGUCGAGGUUAUGGUAUCUCUUCGAAAGUCGACACAAGACCAAGAACAUUUGUACAAUUUCCAUAUAUACUCCGUCUCAGAGGAGAAUAGGUGGAUUGAGCAUUGCACGGGUUUGGUCGGGACGCAGAAAAGCAUUGGUGUUUCAGGCGACGGGGUCGAGGAAACUGAUGGUUAUGCGACGGUCCCGUUGGGGACCGAAGUCCAUGGAGUCUCGGUUAUUGACGUGGGUGAUUUUUAUGAAAAGCUUCGAAGUUCCGGUCUGGAAUAUGGACCAUGCUUUGCGAAUAUGACAAAAGCGCGUGUCACCCAAGCCGGGGCGUGCUUUGCAGAAGUCACUGUACCAGAUACACUAUCCGUGAUGCCUGGAUCAUUUCAGCAUGAGCUUUUGGUCCAUCCAUGCAUUCUGGAUAGUAUAUUUCAAACAAUUUUUGCUGCUUUACCUCCAGGUAUGGGGAUAGAGCAAGGACCUGCAAUCCCAGUCUCAAUUGAAGAGAUGGUUGUAUCAUCCAGUCUCAGCUGUUCCGCAGGAGAGCUCAUGAGCAUAUGUACUCAUGUGCGCCCGAUGCCAAACAAGGACGUCACCGCAUGCAUAGUCGCGAUAAAUUGCAACGAGAAGCAAUUCGAAACCGAGCUGACUAUUUCACUUCGCGGCCUACGAUGUGCGCGGCUCGAGCGUCAUGAACCGGCAUCGCAGACAAAAGACAGCCGCAUAAUUUAUCAGAUUGACUGGAAACCCGAUCCGAGCUUUCUUUUCAGCAGUAAUGUAUCGUUUUUAUUUGACAAGAAGGGUGCUGUUCAAGAGCCCACCCCCAAAAAAGAGUACGAAGAGAGUGCAGCCGGCUUCAUCAGAGCUGCGUUGGAGGAAGUCAGCACAACAGAGGCAAUGGGACUUGACGCUUCUCACCGCCGAUUUCGGUGUUAUCUCCAAGAUGUGCUCGAAAGACAUGAUGAUAAACCCUCAAUAUCAUUAUCCCACUUGGAAAAUAUCGAUUCUAUCCCGAUGGGAAGGCUCCUGCCGGUCAUUGGCCAGAACCUUGUGGCUAUUAUUCGAAAUCAAGUUGACUUUUCCACCGUCAUCAAAGACAAUCGUCUAUUGGAUGAGUUCUGGGAUAUAUUCUCAGAGGACGCCUCGUACCAAGCAGCUGCAAAAUACGUCAAUUUGAUUGGCCAUGGGAAACCAGAUAUAUCCAUCCUUGAAUUUGGCGUUGGUAUAGGCCAGAUUGCGGAGAUAUUUCUGAACCAUCUUGUGACGCUUAACGAGACAGCUUAUUGCGGGAAAUAUACAUUUGCCCACGAAAGCGCUUCUGUGCUUGAGCAUACCUCGAAGCGGCUGGAGACGUGGUCAGAAUGGGUUGAGUGCAAGCCCCUGGAUCUUGGCAAGGAUUUCCCCAAACAAGGACUUGAAAAAAGUUCCUUUGACAUUAUAAUCCUGCCUCAUGGAUUGUGUACUGCACGCUGUGAACAAGAUGCACUUACCAAAAUCCAUGAUCUUUUGAGGCCGUCUGGCUAUUUGAUUGCAAUUAAUCCCUUUGACCCAAAGAAGAAUGUGCUGAAAAAUCUCAUGUUCGGUGCCUUGCACUGCUUGUCCGCAGACGAAUUUUGUUUGGGCCAGGGUAGUUGGACAGCAAGUCAAUGGGACGAGGUCCUGCAAGAUGCGCAUUUCACCUCGGUUGAUGCAUAUGGGAAGCAAGGCUCCGAGAAGAGCCAUCAAUUUAUCGUGGCCAGAAAACGAAAAAACUCCAAGUCGGCCAGAAAGGUUUCUAUCAUUUGCGAGAACAAAACCGAAGUUGUCAGGCAUCUAGUCACUAAGCUCGAGAAGACCUCAUGUGAGGUGAAUGUGACGCACAUCGAUAAUGUGGGUUGCAAGGAUCAGAUUUGUUUGGUCUUGGAUACUUCAAAGUCCCCCUUGUUGGCCGCUCCCAAUGAAAUCACAUUCAGCAAGAUAAAAGCAAUGUUUACGCAGAGUGAAGGAGUCCUCUGGAUUACAAGGGGAGGGACAAUUGAGCCCGUCAACCCAAACGCGGCCUUGGCUGUUGGAUUUGCAAGAACAGCGCGUGCCGAAUCGGGAGUCAAUUCGAUUGUCACCCUUGACCUGGAUGCUCAAAAUUCUCUCUCAGAAGCUGAAGCUGCCGAGAUGAUCGCAAAAGUUCUGGUUAACCGAUUUCUCCGUGAAAAUCCAGAUGAAGACACGGAAUAUGCGGAGAGAAAUGGGCAAAUACUGGUCCCACGAGUACUAGAGAAUUCGAAGGCAAAUACCGCCAUGAACAGCAUUAAUGAUAUUGAGGCUGUAUCCGAGCAGCCUUUCCAUCAGCUUCAGCAACCUCUCCGUCUGUCCAGGAAAUUUGAUAUCCCCGGUUUUGUUAGUGAUUCGCAGAUGACUGAACUCCCAGUUGGUUAUAUCGGAAUCAAAGUACACUACUUUGGCUUGAAUAAAUGGGAUAUUCAGUCAGAGCUCCUUAAUUGGGAAAAAGACGACACCCUCGGUCUGGAGUGCAGCGGCAUAGUAUACAAGGUCGGCACCGGGGUCCAUGGCAUCACUGUAGGCGACCGGGUUGCGUGUCUUGGAGCCGGGACAGCGAGAAGCUUCUAUCACGAUCGGGCAUCGGCUUUCCAGAGGGUCAACGAUGAAAUGUCAUUACAGCUGGCUUCAGCUUUGCCUCUAGCAUAUACUAUUGCUUAUUAUGUUGUGAAUCACCUGUCAAUGAUUGAGUUGAAUGAUGUCGUUCUCGUCCAUGACACCGGAAGUCAUUUCGGCCAAGCACUUUUGGAAUUGUACUUGCUGAGGGAAGCCCGGAUUUUUGCGACAGUGCAGAGCCCCGACGAAAAGGACUUGCUGAGCUCGAGGUUCGGCAUACCCGGGGAGCAUGUCUUCAUAAGCGGGAAGGAUGAUGUAGCCAAGGGUAUGUUGCGGUUGACUGAUGGAAAGAAGGCAAACGUAGUAGUGGCAUUCGAGACUUCAGAGGACAAAAUUCUCCAGAACUGCACUGCGCCAUUUGGUCGGUUUAUUCAACUUCGAACAAACAACGUCAAGAAUCGACUGUUAUCAUGUCCCCAGAACAUGACCCUGUCUACAGUCAACAUAUUUGAGCUCCAGAAGGAGAGGACGGACCUUGCCAACCAGAUAUGGCCGAAGGUCUUUCGCUUGUUCCACGAUGGACUACUCAAAGGGCCUGGCUUUACCGAUGUAUAUCAUGUUUCACAUAUUCAAGAGGCAAUGAUGGCAAUUCAAAGCCGGCAACAUGUUGUAGUUCAUGUGAAAGAGAGUGAUCUGGUGAAGGCCACGCUAUCAAAGGCUACGCAGCCAUUGUUCUGCGAAAAAGCCUCCUACAUGCUGGUCGGUGGGCUUGGUGGGAUUGGGAGGGAGGUUGCCUUGUGGAUGGUGCAAAACGGAGCGAAGAGCCUAAUUUUCGUCAAUAGAAGCGGCCUUUCAAAGUAUCAGUCUCAGGCGACAGUGAGAAACCUGGUGGAACAAGGUAUCCAGGUAACCGCCCGAGCUUGUGACAUAUCCGACGAGACCGAAGUCCAGCGAAUGCUUCAUGAUCUCUCUUACUGCGCGCCUCCAAUACGGGGGCUAAUCCAGGCAGCCAUGGUUCUCAAAGACGUUCAUAUUGAAAACAUGGAGUUGGACGAGUAUCGGGAUGUUAUGGGCCCUAAGUAUUAUGGCACCUGGAACUUGCAUCGACACCUCCCCACGGACCUUGACUUCUUCCUGAUGUUAUCAUCCAUCAGCGGCGUUAUUGGGAAUGCCACCCAGGCUGCCUAUGCCGCCGGAUGCACUUUCAUGGAUGCAUUCGCCGCUUAUCGAAGAAGUCUAGGUCUUCCGGCAGUGUCUUUAGAUCUCGGAACGAUCACAGAUGUGGGUCAUUUAGCUGAAAACAAGGACCUAGCGACAAAGAUGGAACGACAAGGAUUCCAGGGCACUGAUACACCAACUCUUUUAUCCUUGAUACAAGUUGCAAUAGCCCAGUCGACGAGCGGAGGAGCACAACUUGUGACUGGUCUAGGCCAAUGGAAAGAAACGGAAUCACUUGGGAACUUUGACGCUCCUUUGUUCGCCCAUUUCCGUUACAAGUUCCAGGGUCAUGGCAAACCUACUGGGCUCAGCGACUCGAUGGAAGGAUUGAAGGUUGAACUUGGUGCUGCAAAAACGGUGGAUCAAGCCACCGUUAUAAUCUGCGAUGCUCUCAGCAGAAAGAUAGCCUCCCACCUGUCUAUCCCAGUUGAAAAUAUCAACCCUUCUAAUCCGGUCUCCGAGUAUGGAGUUGACUCCCAUGUGGCUGUGGAGCUACGCAACUGGGUAUCAAGAUCCAUGGAUUGCACUGUUCCCAUUCUGGAAAUUCUAGCAAGGUCUAUGUCGGAGUUGUCUCAUAAAAUUGCCAGCCAAAGAUUCGAGGGCAAUUCGGAGUGA